UGUGUGUGUAAUUCACCACGACCUGAUCACGUGUUGGACUCGUAAUCGCCAGCAGGUUCCCUUCCGAUAUGAGCAAGUGUUCUUUAUCGUCGAUCUAUGGGUACUGCCGGGACCGCACAUACCCCAUCGCCUUUGUUCAAGGGGGGACAGUAACCACUCCUAGUCAACGGAAAGAAUACGGCCUGAGCGGGCUCGAACCGCCGCCCUGACAGGCCAUGAAUCCUGGCAGCGCAGCGCUCUAACCAGUUGCGCCACGGAGUGUGUGUGCGUGUGUGCACGCGCGCGCCGACGCCGGUUGAUGUAUCUGAUCGCAAGUUCCCGCAAGAAUGACGUCAAAAACAGGUGUGGAAGUGUGUCAGUGGCGAGAAGGAGGAGGAGGAAGGGGGCGGGAGAGUCUGGGCUGGGUUAGGUUAGGCUGGACUGGCUGGCUGACUUCUUCGGUUCUUCCUUCCUUCCUCGCUCAGUCGGCUGCGGGAAGUCAAGGCGCGCGGUCACACACACACACACCCUCCCUCCUACACUCAGUCACUUAAAACGCCCCUUCCCUAUCUCACACAAUGCUCCCCAGACGAUUCCUUCAACUGGCACUAGCCCUCAUGGUCCUUGUAGCUGCCGUAGAAGCCCAGAGACCAAGGGAGCGACAGGGUGGACGGCCAAAACGUAGGAAAACAGGGGCAUCCACACGACAGGGAGACGAUACCGCCGAUGUCCCUUUGAGUCCCUGCAGCGGGGGGGAGAGUUUCGAGCUGAUCACCGGCUUCGUUUACUCGUCGUCCAAGGAGAUCAUUGACUCCCGCGUUGGCACUCUGCGGCUCAGCGAGUGCAUUGAGUACUGCCGUGAGAGCCCCCGCUGCAGGGCGCUCAACUUCGAGACCGGGCUGUGUGUGCUCUUCAAAUCCGCGGCGGGCGAGGACUCAGACCUGCUCGCUGUGUCCCAAUUCCCGGUUUUCACGCUCUAUGCCCAGAAGGUUUGCGUGCCCGCCGGAGAGCCGAAAUGUCCCUCUCCAUGGGCUUACGAGAGCGUGCCGGACCUCGCCCUCGACUCUACCUUCAGCGAGGACACCGACCCACGCAUGGCGGCCUCCAGGAGCGAGUGUGUGCAGAUGUGUCUCGUGGAGGAAGAAUUUAGCUGCAGAUCCAUCUCCUACAACUACACUACCGGCUCCUGUCUGCUGUCAAAGGUCAACCGUAACAUGGCAGGACGCAAGCAGCUCCUCAAGAUGGCCCCCGGAGCCGUGUAUGCCGAAGUCGCGUGCGUGCCGAAGCCGCAGAAGAUGUGUGAGUUCACCAGAAUGCCCGGCCGAAUCCUGAAGACCGUGGACGCCGUGUACCGAGACCUCCAAACCACAGAAGAGUGCAGGGAGAGGUGCAUGAAAUCUGACUUCACGUGCUACUCCUUUGACUUCAUGUCCGCGGGUGAUCAGAUCUGCCGGCUGUCCCACCACUCCUCGGCCACCCUCGCGCACAUCCAGGAACCCUACCUCGAGAUUAGCAACGCCACUACUUACGAGAUGCAGGCGUGUUAUCAGGUCUCCGUUGAAUGCAGAGGUACUGAGAUGCUGGCCAGAAUCUCGACCUCAACUCUCUUCGACGGCAAGGUGUACGCCAAGGACAGACCCAACUCCUGCCGCGUCGAUGUGGAGAGCAGCACCGACUUCAGCAUCACCCUGCCCUACAAUGAUGUGCGGUGUGAUGUGACGCAGAAGGGACCGGCCACCUUUGCCUCCAACAUCGUGAUUCAGCACCACGACAUGAUAGUGACCUCUGCGGACGUUGGCCUGGCCCUGCACUGCACCUACGACAUCAAGAACACGACGGUCACCAACUCGCUGCUGCACGGCCUCGAGGUGAAGAGUGCCAUUGACACAACAGACUUCUACGAGGAGGCGCAUACGGUGGUGGACUCCCCGAACGUGGUGAUGCGCGUGACGAACACCCUUGGGGAGGACAUAGUCUCGGCACAGGUGGGCGAGAACCUUGCUCUGCGCUUCGAGAUCACGGACGUGAACUCUCCCUAUGAGAUCUUCGUGCGGGAGAUUGUGGCGAUGGAUGGACGCGACAACUCCGAGAUCAUCCUUAUCGACCACUCUGGCUGCCCCACCGACACCACCAUCAUGCAACAAGUGAUCAAGGUGGACAACACAACGGUCCUUCACGCCCCCUUCCAGGCCUUCAAGUUCCCUUCGUCCGAGGUGGUGCAGUUCCGCGCGCUGGUCACCCCCUGCCUGCCCAGAUGUGAACCCGCCCAGUGCUCAGUGUCAGGCUUUGAUGGACUCGCUCGCUCUGAAAACUCAUUGGGAAGGAAGAAGAGAGAGGUGAUGGAGGAGGCAGACAUCCUGGUGGCACAGUCCGUCCGCAUCACCGACAAAUUUGAGUUUACGGCUCAGCAACGACAAGACGAGGAGAGUGAAGUGUUGAUGGCGGCGCAGGGCACUUGCUCCUCCUUCACGGGCGUGGUGGUGGCCGGCGCGCUGUUCCUGGCGGCCCAGCUGGUGAUGCUUAUGGCGUGGAGCUACAUGUGGCAUAAGAAACGCGCCACCAAGCAGAUUGACCCCACGCCGCCAACCCUCUAUUUUGGCACCACGUCCUCUCGCACCUCCUCGACCUCCUAUCUUACUGACUAAAUGACCUCAACCUCCUCUUUGAUACCACUUCUUUGACCUCGUAUCUCGGUGACUAAAUGACCUCGAUUUCUUGUGUUAUGGAGCGAAUAAGAUCGACCCCACGAAACCUCAGUACUAUGACCUUUCGCACUUCCCCGACCUCAUAUCGUACUGACUGAAUGACCUCAACUUCUUGUGUUAUAUCUCGCUGACCAAAUGACCUCACUGGCUAAAGGUUCCUGGCUCCUUAUAUGACGCCUUGUGUUGUGUUCUUGACAUGUUGUUUCAUUGACAAAGUGUUUCCGACUCCUUGUGUUGAUGACCAUGUGUUCCAGACUUGUUACACUGAUGACUACGCGUUCCGACUUGUUAUCUCACUGACUUAUGGUUCAAGACUCCUUAUGUAAUGUUCUUGACUUCUUAUCUCAUUUACUAAGAGCUUUUGACUCCUUACCUGAUGUUCUUGACUUCUUAUCUCAUUUACUAAGAGCUUUUGACUCCUUACCUGAUGUUCUUGACUUCUUAUCUCAUUUACUAAGAGCUUUUGACUCCUUACCUGAUGUUCUUGACUUCUUAUCUCAUUUACUAAGAGCUUUUGACUCCUUACCUGAUGUUCUUGACUCCUUAUCUCAUUUACUAAGAGCUUUUGACUCCUUAUCUAAUGUUCUUGACUUCUUAUCUCAUUGUUCUUGACUGUAUCUGACUGACUAAGUUUUUUUUUACUUCUUAUCUAAUGCGUCAACUCCUUAUUGACAAAGAGCUCAAGAUACCUCUUUAAUGUUCUUGACUUCCUAUCUCAGUGACCAAAGACUUUCGACUCCUUAUCUAAUGUUCUUGACUUUAUAUUUCAUAGACUAAGACUUCAAGACUCUUUAUUAAAUGUUUGAGUAGACUAUUUAUGUCACUGACUAAUGAUUCUCAGCUUAGUAUGUCAUAUCUCACCAACUAAGUUAUUUUACAUUUCUUAUUUCACAGAGUAAGUAUUUUCAGCUUCCUAUCACAAACUAUAAGUGUUGCCAACUCUGCUUCUUAUUUACUUUUUUUUUAUCUUGAAGUACAGAGAAUUGAAUAGCAGAAAGCGAACUUGUUAGUUAAAGUUAAAUGUGGUAGGGAUUAUGACAAGGAAAUGAAGUGCAAGGAAAGAUAUGAUGGAAGUAGGAUUUGUUAGCGAAAGAUGAAUAAUUACAUUGAUACGAAAAAAGAAAACAUACUCUGCUCAAUACUAAAGGAGGUACUUAACUAAACACAGCCAAGAUAAUAAUAUAAGCUCACUGUCAGAAAUUUUGAUACACUUUAUAUUACAGGUACACAAUUUUGACAUAAAACAAGAGGCAUUAUUUGCAUUAUGUGUGUGUGACUGUUUUCUGAAAGGUAUUUAUUUGAGGGGCAUUUUUGUUUUGGUUGGGUUAUGAUUCUCAGUGUGAAAUUAUAUAAUGCAAAAUAAUACACAUUCCCUUUCCCUUUUCUCUCUCCAUUCCCCUUUCCCUUCCUCCAUCCCCCUUCCCUCUUUCUUCUUUUCCUCUUCCCCUUCCCUCUCAUUGUCCUUUCCCCAUCCUCUUUUUCUCUUCCAAUCUUUUAUUCCUUUUUCUACAUUUCUUCGUUUCCCUUCCUCUUCCGCUCUCUCUCCCCUACUACUCCCUUUUCCUCCAUCCUCCCUUCUCCUUUUCUCUUCUUCCUCUCUCUCCCUCCCUUCUACUCCUCCAUUCCCUUUUCUUCACCUCCUCUCCUUUUCCUCCUUAUCUUUUCUCGCUCUCCUUCCCUUUCUUCAAUAUGCUUCUCUUGUUCCGCCUUUCCUCCUCCCUUUUAUCACCGUUUCCUUCCUCUCUUUUCUCUACUCUCUUUCCCCUUCUUCCCUUCUUCAUCCCAUUCCCCUUGAAGUUGGAAUUAUGGUGCUAUCAAUUUCAAACCUUUCUCUUAUAUAUACUGAGAAGAAAAUAGGAAGAAGAAUAUAACAGAGAAUUGAUAUGCAACUGACUGGUAUGUUUGAGAAUGAAUAUGAUGGUGGUAGAAUUAACAAAAAUAAUAACAGUAGGUGAUAUGAUAGUUUUGGUUUUAGUAUUA